CUGGCGGGUUGAGGGAGUUCCUGCGGGUGGCUGUCACCGCCCCGUUUCUCUCCCGAUGGUGCUCUCCUGAGGCCAGCUGCCUGCGGGCGUCGCCCCGGGAUGGAGCACAUCCGGACGACCAAGGUUGAACAAGUAAAGUUACUUGACCGGUUUAGUACCAACAACAAGUCACUGACAGGAACACUGUAUCUUACGGCCACACAUCUGUUAUUUAUUGAUGCUCAGCAAAAGGAAACCUGGAUACUGCACCACCAUAUUGCCUCUGUGGAGAAGCUUGCUCUGACCACUUCUGGGUGCCCACUCGUGAUGCAGUGCAAGAACUUCAGGACUGUGCAUUUCAUUGUUCCCAGGGAAAGGGAUUGCCAUGAUAUUUAUAACUCACUGCUGCAACUGUCGAAACAAGCAAAAUAUGAAGAUCUCUAUGCCUUCUCUUAUAAUCCCAAACAAAAUGAUUCUGAACGACUAAAUGGUUGGCAGCUUAUUGACCUUGCUGAGGAAUAUGAGAGGAUGGGAGUGCCCAAUGCAAACUGGCAAUUGUCUGAUGUCAACCGAGACUACAAGGUCUGUGAGACUUACCCCAGAGAGAUAUAUGUUCCAAGGACAGCCAGCCGGCCAGUGAUUGUGGGCAGUUCCAACUUCCGGAGCAAGGGCAGACUUCCGGUCCUGUCCUACUGCCGACAGGGCACUGAGGCUGCCAUUUGUCGAUGUAGUCAGCCAUUGUCAGGCUUCAGUGCCAGGUGCCUAGAAGAUGAACAUUUGCUUCAAGCCAUUAGUAAAGCCAACCCAGGAAAUCGCUACAUGUAUGUUGUGGAUACCAGGCCCAAGCAUCGCAUGCAGAGCUGGUGGGAUACACAAAAGGACAUUGGCAGAAUUAUAGUGAGGAUUUCUUCAAAAAUCUGGAAUGAUGAGAAAAUAAGAGAAAGCGAUGAGAAAAAGCGACUCAAUGCAAUGGCUAACAGAGCAGCCGGAAAAGGUUAUGAAAAUGAAGACAACUAUUCUAAUAUUAGAUUUCAGUUUGUUGGAAUAGAAAAUAUUCAUGUCAUGAGAUCCAGCCUUCAGAAAUUACUGGAAGUGAAUGGCAGCAAGGGGCUUUCUGUCAACGAUUUCUACUCUGGUUUGGAGAGCUCAGGCUGGCUUCGCCAUAUCAAGGCUGUUUUGGAUGCUGCGAUCUUCUUAGCCAAAGCAAUAGUGGUUGAAAAUGCAAGUGUGCUGGUCCACUGUUCGGAUGGGUGGGAUAGGACCUCCCAAGUCUGUUCCCUCGGUUCGCUUUUGUUGGAUUCCUACUACAGGACAAUGAAAGGAUUCAUGGUUUUAAUAGAAAAAGAUUGGAUAUCGUUUGGGCAUAAGUUUUCAGAGAGGUGUGGCCAUUUGGAUGGUGACCCAAAGGAAGUCUCACCGGUGUUUACUCAGUUCUUGGAGUGUGUGUGGCAUCUGACUGAGCAGUUCCCACAAGCCUUUGAGUUCAACGAAGCGUUUCUUCUUCAGAUCCACGAGCACAUUCAUUCAUGCCAAUUCGGGAACUUCCUCGGCAACUGUCAGAAGGAGAGAGAGGAACUCAAGCUGAAGGAGAAGACUUACUCCCUGUGGCCCUGCCUUUUGGAUGACAGAAAGAAGUACUUAAAUCCUCUCUACAGUUCCAACUCUCAGAGACUGACAGUCUUGGAGCCAAAUACAGUCUCUUUCAAUUUUAAGUUUUGGAGAAACAUGUACCACCAGUUUGAUCGGACACUCCAUCCUCGGCAGUCUGUAUUGAACAUAAUUAUGAACAUGAAUGAGCAGAACAAGCAGUUAGAGGAAGACAUUAGGGACCUAGAGUCUAAAAUUAAACAGUGCAAAAAUGGCAUCCUAACGAAGGACUUGGUGCAUGCCGUUCACCCUGAAUCGCCUACCCUCAAAACCUCCCUGUGUCUGAAAGAGCAGAGUCUGCUUCCUGUGAGCGACACGCUCCGAGCUGUAGAGGGCAGCAGCCCAGCAGAUAACCGUUACUGUGACUACACUGAGGAGUUUUCUAAGUCGGAGCCUGCUGUGGUCAGCCUGGAGUAUGGUGUGGCCAGAAUGACUUGUUAGCCUUUUUCAGCGUUUCCUGGAUGACUGUGGUGUAAGAAAUGUGUAGUGAGGAUGGUCUGUCCAGGGGGGUUGUCAGUGACUCUGGCGCUUAGCAGCAGGUGAACAGUGGAGAGAAGGAUCGUAACUGCUCUUGAGAGGAAUAAGGCAGCUAAGUGCCAUUUGUAGCAAGAGCGAUACUCGUUCUGUAGAAGUGAGUGGUAUUGUGUGCACUUACUGGAAAUGAUUUACACAGCACACUAGUGAGCUGACAGCCUGUUGAUUCAGAUGUUAAUUACAGCCAAGCUCAAAAUGCUUUCCUUAAGUGUAAUUUAACGCUGAGAAAACAGACCUGACAACCUGAACCCUUAAUGAUUGACAUGGCAUGUUCUGGAGCUGUGCGACUGUUUGCGUACUUUGCCAUUUAGUGACGUUUUAAACAUUGAAGUGCCAUGAAAAGUACUUCUGAGACAGCCUUAAAGUAAAUUCUCAGUUGAUUCUUUAGGCUUUACAGCCAAGGACAAGAUGGUUGAUUUCUCCUUUACCCAGCCUUAUUUCAUGUAAGAACCGCACUCUCAUUACUGCAGGGUCCCACACUGCAGCACUCUGCGUAGAAAGUUGUAGACACACUCUGGUAGUUAAUUCGUAAUUGGCCAGCUCCACCCAUAUUCAAAAUUAAUGCCACUGAAGGCUUUGUUCUGGUUGUCAUUUGUUUCGAGCUGCAGCUGGCAGUUCAUUAGUUACAGCUUAGAGGACGGAUUUCUUAGUAUAAGCACAUUUGGCAUUUGCUUUCGGAUUAUUGCAUUCUAUUAAUUCUUAUUUUGUGGUUGGCUUUAAUCCUGUGAUAACUGUACGUUUAAAGUGACAAAGUUCUAAAGCAUUCUGAGUACUAAAUGCAUUUUUAACUGCCUGAUCUGGAACAGUUCACUUUAGUGUACCUGCCUACAGACUUCCAGGUGAAGUGGAGAGGGGAGUACUGGUAGUGGAGAUUUGGCUUGGUUAUGUGAAUUUUCAAGCAAUCAUUUUUAGGUGGAACAUAUUUCUUUUAGCUUAUUAUAGAAGGGCAAGAGAGGGAGCACUGAGGAGCCAGUUAAUGUCCAACAAAAGCAGCCUUGACUCUGGAAAAGGGUUUAUUUUGCUUUGUUAGGCUCAUUGUUUAUUCUGUGCAGUAGGACAUACAUAUCUUUUCGAAAAAUCACUUACAGUUGGCAGUAUUAUCAGGUGGCUUUAAAACAAAGUUUAAUACCACAGAUGGUACGAGGUACAGUUCAAGGGCACUAAGAAAUCUGCAUAUGUUACCUUAUAUAUUUCCCGAUUACACCUAUAUCUGUAAUAUUUCUUGUACUGGUUUUGAACAUAUGUAUCCUUUUUGAAAAAAAGAAAACUUUAUUGUAUGUGAUUUUAUCUACUCCUUUUUAUUUUUCCAGUUCACUUCUGUAAGACCUUAUGUAAUAAAAACACUUCAUUUUCAAAAGUAACAGAAAUAUACUAAAAAAAAAAAAAUGCAAUGUAUGAUUAACAGUGUUUAGACAUGGGAAAGGAAACUUAAUCUCUGUGGCCACAACAGGAAGUUUUUGUGCCUUGGGUCCAGUUGGGUUGUGGUUUUCAACUCUUCCAUGGCAGACUUCUUACAGUCAUCUUUUUGGUUCAUUAUGCUAAUCCUCCACUUUGCGUUUACAUACGUGUUUAUGUGCUUACACACAGAUAACAUCCUGAGUGACGUGCAGGGCAUAUGUUGGCAAAAAUCUGUGUAAAUGUCUUAUAGAAUUGGAUUUAUGUUCAUUGUGUUUUGGGAUGUAUAGCAUGUAAAUUAUUUCAUGUAUUAUUUAAAGGCAAUUAAAUGUUCAUGUUUUA